CCCAGAUCCGCUUGGCUGUCAAGUCUACUUGUGUAUCGUGAUCCCCGCCCUGCUCGCCUGCAACUGCUCCGGGUGCUGCCUCUGAAAAGACCAGUGAAACCGCUGGAAGGCACCAGAAGGCAGUCGUGCCGUCUUUGUAGCGAGGUGAUGUCCGAUUUGCCACCGACGAUGCAGAUCUACAUAGUGCCUCUACUGAUCUGUUUGCUGGGGACCGUCCUUGGGGCACCCACCACCCCCGAACGGACCCCAGGCACAGCCUGGAUACAGGAGAUCAGCCCGAAUCCCGAAGCCACUCUGGACGACAUGUUUCGUGAAGUGGAGGAACUGAUGGGAGACACGCAGCACAAAUUGAAGGAGGCGGCACAUCAGAUGGAUGAAGAAGUGGCUGAGAGGAGAUCUGGCCUUCAUCUGGAAGAUCUGCCACCCAACUAUCACAAUGAAAGCACCACAGACACAAAGAUUGGGAACUUUUCUGUCCAUACGAUUGAAAAAAUUGACAAGGUGACAGAUAACAAAACUGGUGAAACUUUCUUCUCUCAUACAUGGGUGUCAUCUUCGAGUGAAGGCAAAGGGAAUGAGCUGGAGUGCAUCGUCGAUGAGGACUGCGGAAAAGGAAAUUACUGCCAGUUUGACCUGCUGCAGGCCAGUUGUCUGCCCUGUAAAACUGAAGCUGUGAACUGCACAAAGGACUCGGAAUGCUGUGAGGGCCACCUUUGUGCUUGGGGUCUCUGUUCUGCCAGUGCUGUCAAAGGGGGUCCGGGAUCUAUCUGCGAAUACCAAAACGACUGCAGCAGCUCUUUGUGCUGUGCGUUUCACAAAGCUUUGCUAUUUCCUGUCUGCACACCAUUGCCUCAAGAAGGGGAACGGUGUCUUGACCCAUCUAAUCCCUUACUAGAUCUGGGGUCCUGGGACCUGGAGCCGGAAGGUGCUCAGGAGCACUGCCAGUGUAUGGCUGGGCUCCGCUGCCAGCUGAAUGAGCAUGGUCCAGUUUGUGAAAGGAAAGAUUCAUCACAACAGGAAGAUGAGCCAGCUUUAGAUUGGACUUCCAAAAGAUUUCACUUACAAAAAAUAAUUGAAAACGGACUGCCUGUGUGGUAAAAAACCUGACGCAUACAAUCCCCCUCUGGUCAUCUGCGCCAGAUGAAGCAAUUCUGUUGUGUGCUGACUGUGCUUAAUUAAAUAGUUUUUAGUACUCAGACUGUCAGACUUCCUCUGUUCGGGCAAUAACGUGUCCAUCAUAAACUUUUAAAUGGGUUAACUUAUUGUUGUGGGCUCUAAGCGGUCAUUUCCAUUUUGAAUGAUGCAAGAUAAUUUGAAUUAUAAUCUGAAGACAAUCUGUGCAGGUUCUCCUGUUAGGAAUUUCUAAAUAAUGGACAUGUGCAAUAUAGAAUAACUUUCCAUGACCUUUUCUGGAAAUUGGGAUUUUUACUUUAUGAUGUGCUAUGUGGUGGAUUUUUGAUUUAUUUCUGUUAUAAAAAAAAUCACGAAAUGUUUGACAUUUGUGCUAAUAAAUGUUUAAUGAUUUUUGAGUGAAAUUCACCUUCUCUGCCAAGUGCUUUACAGUAGUCAGCCCUCUCAAAGACUUGGUGACACUUGACCAAAACGUCAUUGUGCUCAAAAUCAACCGAAUAUUGUGGGCUCUUGUGGUUUUCCUUCUGAAAUGAAAUACAGAAUCUUGAGUUGAUGUAAAAAAUAAAAACAGGCUUUAAAAAGUU